GAGCUGCAAGGGGGACAUUGAAUUGCGACGCCGGUGUGCCACAAACCACAGCACAACAUAGCACAUAAGGCCCCAAUAUGACGGUGGACGGUCCAGUAGCCCCUACCAGCCUUUUACGCACCAAUUUCCUCGAACCAAUGUCUCAUUGCGCGUCUGAGGCUGCCUCGACCAGUUCUGACAGCGACGGCGCGCAUUCCUCGCCACCAGCUUCGCCGCCGAGCAGGCACUCGCCACAAACACCAGAGAAGACGGAAGCAGCAUUUAUUAGAGUGCCUUGUGGUGGUGACGCGUCGCCUGGCGCGGAGCAGGCCUCGACACCAAACCUUGCAGCGUCGCCGGGCGAGGUCUUUCUAAAUGCCGGCGGCCACCGGGCAACAAGUAGUGCGUCCCUAGGACAUGCACAUGCGGCAGCCACAGCGGCGCUUGGCUCGCUGACGCUUGGCGCGGUGCAGCGUGGGCAAGAGGCGGACCAGGAGCGCGAGCAGCCACUCGCAACCACAAGCGGGUCAACGGGUCUUGUCGAGGAGCCAUGCAUGCCUGAUGGGACGUGCUGCCGGACGUCGGCCUGCGAGGCAGGGCCAGCGGAAGUCGCUGAGCCUUCGGCGGAGGUGGCCUCCAGGAGCACGCUGCUGGACGAGGACUUGCUACGAGAGAAUCCUAACAGGUUCACCCUGUUCCCCAUCAAGUACCCGGACCUGUGGGAGUUCUACAAGCAGGGCGUGGCCUCGUUUUGGACUGUGGAGGAGGUGGACUUCACAGGCGACCUCAUCGACUGGCACCGCCUCAAGCCCGAGGAGCAGCGCUUCAUCAAGUACGUGCUGGCAUUCUUCGCCGCCAGCGACGGCAUUGUGAUGGAGAACCUGGCGGCGCGCUUCAUGAGCGACAUCCAGGUGCCGGAGGCGCGCGCCUUCUACGGCUUCCAGAUCGCCAUGGAGAACGUGCACAGCGAGAUGUACUCGGUGCUGCUGGACCACUACGUGCGCGAGCCCGAGGAGCGCAACCAGCUGUUCGACGCCAUCCACACCAUCCCCACCGUGGCUAAGAAGGCGGAGUGGGCCAUGCGCUGGAUCAGCUCCUCCAACGUGUUCGCGGAGCGCCUGGUGGGCUUCGCCUGCGUGGAGGGCAUCCACUUCUCCGGCUCCUUCUGCUCCAUCUUCUGGUUGAAGAAGCGCUGCCUGAUGCCGGGGCUGUCCUUCUCCAACGUGCUCAUCAGCCGGGACGAGGGCCUGCACUGCGACUUCGCGUGCUGCCUGUACUCGCACCUCAAGAACCGUCUGUCGCGCGAGCGCGUGCUGCAGAUCGUUGACGAGGCUGUGCAGCUGGAGGACGAGUUCUGCACCGAGGCGCUGUCGUGCGAGCUGCUGGGCAUGAACGCGGACCUCAUGCGCCAGUACAUCAGGUUCGUGGCGGACCGGCUGCUGGUGUCGCUGGGCUAUGAGAAGCACUACAACACGCGCAACCCGUUCGACUGGAUGGAGAUGAUCAGCCUGCAGGGCAAGGCCAACUUCUUCGAGCGGCGCGUCGGCGAGUACCAGCGCGCGGGCGUCAUGGGCGGCAACAACGGCAACUCGGCCCGCGACCCCAGCGAGUACGUGUUCACCACGGAGGCGGACUUCUAGGCGUGUGGGGCGGCAGCACGUAAGGAGCGGUGGCGGCAGUGCCGGUGGAGAGCUGGUGCUGUGCAGAACGCGGCAUGGAAAGAGGAGAGCAUGGAGCGCAGCUUGGCGAGCGGCAUGCCUGGUAGCUUUACAGCUGCCUUAGCCGGGUGUAGCCGCGGAGGGCGCCACCGGGCGCGGCAUGGAGGUGCCGCCGGCGGCAGGUCACCGGGAUCCGGAGAUGCCGCCGGCGCAUAUGGAGUGUGCGCGAUCCUAGGUUAUGGCGCCGCAGGAGCAGCAGGAAAGCUGGUGCUUGUCCCCGGGCUUGAAGGCACCUGUUCAGUGCGCGAGAGACCGCCGCGCCAUCCACGGCUGGCUGCAAGCUCAGGACAUAGCGCAGCCGCGGCAGGCGGAGCCGGUGGAGUCGACAUUAUAUAAACAUGACCAAAACAUCUAUCUCAUUUACCUAGACCCCAUUAUGUCAGCGUGUGCUGUGUCUGUUGGUGGGUGCGUUACGUUGCUACGAUUUGCGCAAGUGAACAACUGACAGCAGGGAUGAAGAGAAUAGCAUCGUGUGCGCGCAGGAGGAUCGCAUGGCUAUCCAGGAUGAGAACGUCGGAUUUCAAUCAACAUGUCGACAGGCAUGUCAUUGGCAGGUGAUUGCAGGUCACAACACAUACAAUAGCAUGUGUACGGAGGGCAAGCGGCGGCGACGGCCGGUUGUGCAGGCGUUUGCUACUUUCGUUGCUCAUGUUGAGUGACGGGCUGGCAGCAGGGUACGUGCCUGACGUGCGUUCGGAGGUUGCAGAGUGUGGACUGACGGGUAAAUGCGACCGUGGGGUGUCAAGCACUUGCCGAGUGUUUAGGUGCGGCCUGAUCUGCCAUCGGCAGCCAGCAAUUAACCAGCAUGGGUGGGCUUGCGGGAGGGCAAUUGUGCGUGUGUGGAAGGCUGUAGCAUUUCGUUGCGGCAUGCGCUUCUAUGUGUGAGUUAUGUUCUUUCAUUUUCCGGAUAGUCGGGGGCGGGACAAACUUGCGAAACAUCGGACUGGGUACGGCAUGUUGCUCGGAUGGCGCUGGCUGCGGCAGGCUGCGGUGCCGCGUGGCCGGGAACAGGAAGCCCAGCAACUCAGCAAGCCUACUUAUGGAACUCAAAGUGUAAGAAUGAAGCUUU